AUGUCGUCCACACUGGGCGAUGGCGCUGAGGAGCGCGACACUCCUCGCGCAAGCCUCGAGAAGCAACAAACCCAACUAACCCGAGCGUCGACACGACGAACAACACUCGAACGAUAUGAGACCAGACCCACUCAAGACGCCGCGGAGGUCCUGGACCUGCCGUACGAAAUCCUCAGCGACAAUGCCGAUAUGGCAGAAUAUACCGAGGAAACGGCCGAAGGUAUUAUUCCCAAGAGAACGAUAUCGCGGGUCAGUGGGAAGCUGGAAGAACAUGAAUUGGUGACAUUCAAGAUCAACGACCCUGAGAAUCCGAAAAACUGGUCGAAGCCAUACAAAUGGUGGUGUACCAUGGUAGUGGCAUUCACCUGUUUCGUGGUUGCAUUCAACAGUGCAGUCAUCACGGCGGACUUGGAAGGCGUUGCAGCGACCUUCCACGUCUCUAACGAGGUUUCGCUAUUGACCAUCACCAUGUUCGUUAUCGGAUUCGGCGUGGGACCAUUGGCAUUUGCACCGGCGUCGGAACUCUGGGGCAGAAAACCAGUCUACAUCAUCACGAUCGGCAUUGCAGUGAUAUUCGAGAUUCCUUGCGCCGUUGCAAAGAACAUCGGCACACUUCUGGUCUGUCGACUGAUUGACGGUAUUGCGUUCUCGGCGCCCAUGACUCUCGUUGGCGGCACACUCGCCGAUCUGUGGAGGAACGAGGAACGAGGUGUUCCUAUGGCAGUCUUCAGCGCGGCUCCCUUCAUCGGUCCCGCCAUCGGUCCGCUCGCCGGUGGGUUUCUAGGCGAUGCCGCAGGCUGGAGAUGGCUAUAUUGGAUCCAACUGAUUCUUUCCGGCGUCUGCUGGCUUGUCCUGACAUUCACCAUCCCGGAAACAUAUGCGCCAUCGAUCCUCGACAAACGGGCCAAGAAGCUGCGCAAGGAAACCGGCGACAUGAGAUACGUGACUGAGAAGGACAUUGACGCCCGCCCCAUCGGCGAACAACUGCGCAUCUUCUUGAUCCGACCUCUGCAGCUGUUGUUCUUGGAACCAAUCGUGUUCUUGAUCUCGCUGUACAUGUCGGUUCUGUACGGAUUACUGUACAUGUUCUUCGUGGCCUAUCCCAUCGUCUACGUCAAGGGCAAGGGUUGGUCCGAAGGCAGUACCGGGCUGAUGUUCAUCCCGCUUGCCAUCGGUGUCAUUGUCUCAGCCGGUUUGUCGCCCCUGGUCAACAAACAUUAUCUCAGUCUCUGCGCCAAAGCCCCCGGUGGCAAACCGCCGGCCGAAGCACGAUUGAUCCCCAUGAUGUUUUCAUGUUGGUUCAUCCCCGUCGGCUUGUUCAUCUUCGGCUGGACUUCGUACCCGCAUUUGUCGUAUUGGGGUCCCAUGAUGGGCGGCUUCCCUGUGGGGUUUGGGUUUAUCUUCCUCUACAACUCUGCAAACAACUACCUCGUCGACACUUACCAGCAUCAGGCCGCCUCGGCUCUUGCCGCAAAGACAUUCAUCCGGAGUUUCUGGGGCGCCGCCGUCGUUCUGUUUACCGAGCAAAUGUACGAUACUCUGGGGUAUCAGUGGGCCAGUUCGUUGCUUGCCUUCAUCGCCCUGGCUUGCUGCUUGAUUCCUUAUGUCUUCUACUUUAAGGGUGCUGCCAUCCGGAAACACUCCAAGUUUGCCUUCCAUGAAGAAGAUGCUCCUGGUGUUCUCCCUGCUGGCAAAGUAUGA